AUGGAUCAAACAAAAAUCGGGAAUGAAAAAGCUGUUCUUUCUCCUCCCUCAACUCCUCCGUCAGGCUCUGGAUUCCUUUCUCCUCCGACGACCUCAAUUGCCGGUGAGACCCAAACACCAGAUCCUCGUUGGCCAAGCAAGAGCCGGUGGUCAUUUAAAGCUAAGCCUCCUCUCUCGAGGCUAGCUUUGGCGGAUCCGCUUCUCACCGCCGGUGACAAUUCCGGCGCUUCUUCUUCUACCAAAAGUAAUGUAAUUCCUCAAUCAUCUUCUCUUGCCAUCUCUGAAUGUCAAGUGGAGUUGCCGACGAAGAACAUUGACUCCCCUGUCCUUUUAGAAUCGGCUCCCGAAAACAAAUUGGAGGCUUCUGGAAAUUCAAAAGGGGAAUCUGACAUUCUCAUUCCACUUCCAGAGACGGAAGCUGUGGCUCCAUCUGGCCAAGGACCCUUGCCACAAGGCUCUAUCCAAUCUCCACCUCUUGGCGCUUGGGCUAAGAAGCUGGACCUUUCAACUGUUUCUAUCUCUCGUUCUACAGUGGAUCAAAAGAUGUGGCCCUCUUUAGGAGCAUCAAAGUCCAUCUGUAGUGAGCCACAAGUUUUUCAAAAACCAGUAGCAAUGGAAGAUGCUAUCAGGUUUCCAUGGGCAGCGAAGAUGAGUCCAUCUUCAAGGAAUCUCUACAGAGCAACUGAACCUGAAUUCCUAGAAGACGGAACUCCAAAGGUAACGAUUCCUCAACAUGUCUUGGUGCAAGGCUUAGAGAACCAGAAAGAGUAUGUGUUAGGGCAGUUUUAUAGAUGUUCUCCUCCUCCUGGUGGCUUAAUCUUUGCGGUCUUUAACAAAUUAUGGGGAAGAACUUGCAAAGUAACCAUUAGGAAGCUUGGGGAAUGUAACUACCUUUUUCAUAUUCCGGAUGAAUCCACUAGGACUUGGGUUCUUCAAAGAGGGUUGUGGCAUGUUGAUGAUUGUCUGAUGUUUGUUGCUCCCUGGACCCCGGAACCUUCCCUAGCUAUCCCUGAAAUCAAAACAAUUCCUGUGUGGGUAACUCUAAAAAAGAUACCCAACAUCUUGUAUUCUAUCCCUGGAAUUAGUCACAUAGCUUCAGGUUUAGGUGCUCCGAUGGCAACUCACAAGCCUAGACUAGACCCUAUUCUUAUGGGUGAAGCAAAAAUUUUGGUAGAGGUUGAGUUGAGCAAAGCCUUUCCACCAAGAAUUGCUGCUGAAGACAAAAGGGGAUUUAUUUGUAUGGUUGAUGUGGAAUAUGCAUGGCUGCCAUCAAAAUGUUCUAGGUGUGGCCAAUUAGGACACAAAGUUAAGCGUUGUUUACAAACUGUUUCAAGUGUAGCUGCUACUACAACAACUAAGGCUCCUGCGAUGGAUGAUGACAUACGCUCUGUGAUCACCACAAGUACUCCUAAGAAAGCUUCAAUAUCUGCUCAAGUUGAUUUCCCAACUCAAGUUGAUCCUGUCUCAGCUCCUGCCACCAUAACUACUUCUACGGAAGUUUCAUCUCAAGUUGACGACACUACGUUAGCUCAAGUUGCUUCUGUCUCAUCUCCUGCCACCAAAAGUACUUCUACGGAAGCUCCAUCUGCUCAAGUUGACCUUACGUUAGCUCAAGUUGCUUCUGUCUCAACUCCUGUCACUGAGGUACCUCCUUGUGACCCAAUUACUACUUUUGUGUCUACAACACAACCUAUUAAUCAAGCUACUAUCAUCGCUGAGGAAUUUAUUGAGUCUCCUACUUUAGGGGCUGCUAGUUCUUUAUCAACAGAUAUCAUUGCUCAAGGAAACUCCACUUUCCAUUUGGAGAGCGAGAGAUUGAUUGAGCGAGAUCUUGGUUCUAAUAAGUUUGCCUCAUUGGCUUUACCGGAAGAAGAAGCAGAUUCGUCGGAUUCAGACAAGGAGUCAGAUGAGACGGAUUUUAUGACACCUUCCGGGAAGAGAAUCCUUCGAGACAGACCGGUUAAACCAUCGACAAAGGCUAAAGAAAUGAAUUGGCAAAUAACGGCUCGUGGACGUGGAAGGGCGUGGCUGAGUCUCAUUUUCUUUAGCUUAAAGUAUAUCGGAGCGGAAGAUUCGAUAUAA